CCCUUUGGGGCGCCCCCCUCUCCGUCUCACGUUGCGGCCUCUACCACUCUUCCUACUCCAACUCCUAUGUCAAUCUCGCCAUCUUCGAACCGGGCGCCACCUCCCGCGGCGCCCUCUGCCUCUCUCUCGGACAGUCCGCCGAGCACCUUGUCCAUCUUUUCUGCAUCGUCCCCCGCCAUCAAAUCAUCCACGAUUCCCUAAUCUUCCGCUACUCCGACGCAGAACUGACGGAUCACCUCAUCGCAUCCGCCGAUUUAUCCCGGCGGGGGAUCGACGAGCCCUGGCGGAAGAAGAUCAAUGCCCUCAUUCCACCUCAGGGGAUCUACAUCAAGCAUAUCCACACAGGGGAAGACGUCCUGGUUUCACGCCGCGUUAUCGCGGUUUUCCUCCUUAUGACCAUGGCGGAUUUCAGCGACCAGUUGUUUGGAUUCCAGGAUCGACUCUUUGAGAACGAAGAUGGCCGGCUUGAGUUCAGCGGAAGCAAUGUUUUCGGAGCUCUGUGGCCGGGGGAUGGCAGACCCGGGUUAUGGAUGAGUUCUAUUUCGCGAAUGGGGGCAGUCUAUAAUCUCAUUGUGAAGGAAGAAGACAUCUAUAUGGAAGAGAAGAGAAGAGAGGGGAGAAGAGUGGAAGAAGAGGAUGAGGACAUUGACCUGGUGAUUCCGCCGGUGUUCGAGAGCUGCACUAGGGUUUUGGACCCAAUCGAUCAGAAAACGGCGAGGGAUCUGUACUGGGAGGCGGUGACCGGCGGCCGCGGAAGCGGGGAUGGAGGGGAGAGGACGGAGAAGCUGUUGAGGGAGAGCUGCGAGAAGAAUCCAUUUGUUGGGGAGCCCCAUGUGGUCUUAGCGCAGGUUUAUUUGGGGAUGGAGAGGUGGGAGGAUGCGGAGGGGGAGGCAGAGAGGGGGCUGAGGUUGUUGUUGGAAUGGGGGAGUGCAUGGGAUAAGAGGGUGGCAUGGGAGGGCUGGGUGGCUUGGGUUAGGGUUUUGCUCAUGAAGGCUAAGGAGAAGGAUUGGCCCAAGAAUCCUUUUGGGAUUCUUAACCUUGGUUUGGUUAGGUGAAGGGUAUUUCUAUGAAGUAAUAUUAUUAAGUACUAAUAAUAUGUGUGUGAAGAGGUAUAUUUCAAA